ACAAGCGAAUAGGGAAGCGUGCCAUUCUCUAACAAAAAAUCUCAAUCUUUCCAUACUUAUCGAUCACGUCAUCUCCUUUGUCUCUCACUACCAAACUCCAUCCUUAAAAAUCCCACCUUUUCACCUUCUUCUUCUCCAAUUUCACUCCACUGCCUUCAACAAAAAUGGCGAAAACCCAACUCAAAUCUGACGCAAUCAUGGACAUGAUGAAGGAACAUCUCUCUUCCGACGCCGGUAAAGAGGUCACAGAGAAGAUCGGACUCGUUUAUCAGAUCAACAUCGCUCCAAAGAAAUUAGGGUUUGAAGAGGUUACUUACAUCGUCGAUCUGAAGAAAGGCGAAGUCACCAAAGGGAAAUAUGAAGGAGGGAAAGUGGAUGCUACGUUUUCCUUCAAGGAUGAUGAUUUUGUCAAAGUUGCUACUGGGAAGAUGAAUCCUCAGAUUGCUUUCAUUAGGGGUGCGAUGAAGAUCAAGGGUAGUCUCAGUGCAGCGCAGAAAUUCACACCCGACAUCUUCCCAAAGCCUUCAAAGUUGUGAACACCAAAAAGAAGUGGUAUUGCAGCAACCCCUAAACUCAAAGCUCAAUUUAUGUCUUCAAAGGGUUGGCUUUUUUAUUAGAGAGGUGGAAUUUUUAAAACCUAUGGUAAAGCACUAGUCAGAAAUAAAGUUCUUUCAAGUAUCUUUGUAUUCUCUUUUAUAUUUGGAACAAAAAAUUGGUAUUGGCUUUUAAUAAUAUGAAUCUUUGUCUUUGAAAAUUUUCUACA